AGGCCCCGCCCACACUCACUGCGGAUUGGCUGCUCACCCUGCCUGUCAGAGUCCAGCUGCUGUUGCACGCUUAGGAAGGAAUCGGCGUUCAGCGUUGCAAUUCCCGAGGCAAUAAGGUGGUGGCUUUGCGCAUCUUAAAGGCUUAUGCUGGAGGAAGCGCCACUCUCCUGGCGUGAUGUGUGACUUUCUCAGCAGACACUUUCCACCAUCAACGUUAUUUGUAAAAGAUCCAGGCGAGCCUUUCUAAUGACCAAACACCCCCGCCGAGAGCACUAACCAAGUUUAUAACCCAUGACAGUAAACGGGGUUCGGAGGCACCACGUUGCUGCUGCGGGGGGGUCAAGGUGCUGUCAGACUCACACACGGACAGGGGGGUUCCGCGGCGCUGGAAAUGGAGAGGAAAGUUUUGGAGUGCGAAGGGGCAGCGGAUGGAAGCGAUCGCUCGUCUUCCUCUUCACUUUCCUCAUCGGGCUCCCAGACCUUGUCAGAGGGGGACAUGAAGCCGCAGUCCGGGGGGAGCAGCACUGACUGUGAGUCGGAGCGGAAUGCAGAGAGGAGAAGGGGGCAAGAAGGACGAGCCCAUUCUGGGGCAGAGGAGGACGAAGAGCUUGACAGUAUUCUGUCGCCACCCUCUAUGCUGUGCCGCAAAUGCAGCAAUCCUGAAGUCUCCACAAGGUCUUGCAAGUCUGUGAAGUAUAAAAGCCAGCUUAGCGACGACGGACGCAUCCUGAGAAGGGGGAGCCUGGGCGGAGCGCUAACAGGUCGUUAUCUGCUUCCGGCUGGGGCAGCACAACAAGUAUGGUCGGCAUCGACGGAGGCAUCCAAUCUUGUGCGUAUGCGCAGCCAGGCCCUCGGGCAGUCGGCACCGUCCCUCACAGCAAGCUUGAAGGAACUGAGCCUUCCAAGACGGGGAAGCUUUCUCACCCCAAGAAGCUUGAGUCCAACCCCAACAAGUCCCUGCAGUCCAUGUAGUCCAUUGUAUGCUUUCCAUUUCUGGAGUUGUAGGACAAGCAACAGGAAGAGCUUAAUUGGUAGCAGCCAGUCUCCUGCCCUUCCUCGGCCUCACUCCCCUCUCUCUGCUCAUACAGGAAGCAGCCCCCAGGACAGCCCAAGGAACUUCUCUCCCAGCGCGUCGGCUCAUUUCUCAUUUGCACGAAGGACUGAUGGACGCCGCUGGUCUUUGGCAUCCCUCCCCUCAUCUGGAUAUGGAACAAACACUCCAAGCUCUACUGUGUCUUCAUCAUGUUCAUCCCAGGAGAAGUUGCACCAAUUACCAUACCAACCCACACCUGAUGAGCUGCAUUUUCUGUCCAAACAUUUCUGCACCGAGAGCAUUGCCAGCGACGACAGAUGCCGGACUCCGCUGCGCCCUCGAUCCAGGAGUCUCAGCCCUGGACGUACGCCGGCAUGCUGUGACCAUGAAAUAAUUAUGAUGAACCAUGUAUACAAAGAACGAUUCCCGAAGGCCACGGCUCAGAUGGAAGAUCGACUUCAGGAUAUUGUCACCAACUACUCUCCAGAUAGCGUGCUGCCGCUGGCUGAUGGAGUGCUUAGUUUCACCCACCAUCAGAUUAUCGAGCUGGCCCGAGAUUGCUUGGAUAAAUCCCACCUAGGCCUCAUAACCUCGAGAUAUUUCCUCGAAUUGCAGCAGAAAAUAGAAAAGUUGCUACACGAAGCUCAUGAACGGUCAGAAAGUGGAGAACUGGCAUUUAUUAAGCAGCUAGUUCAGAGAAUCCUGAUAGUUAUUGCACGACCAGCACGAUUACUGGAAUGCCUGGAAUUUGAUCCUGAAGAAUUUUACUACCUGUUAGAAGCAGCAGAAGGCCAUGCAAAAGAGGGACAAGGCAUUAAAACAGAUAUCCCCAGAUAUAUUAUAAGUCAGCUGGGCCUAAACAAGGAUCCGCUGGAAGAAAUUGCACUGCUAUCAAAUUAUGACAGUGGAACGGCUGAAACUCCAGAGACAGAUGAAUCCAUCAGUAGCUCAAACAAGUCAUUGAAAAUUAGAAGAAAACCUUGUGAAAGUGAUUUUGAAACCAUGAAAUUGAUCAGCAAUGGAGCUUAUGGGGCUGUUUACUUGGUUCGCCAUAAAGAAACCCGUCAGAGAUUUGCCAUGAAGAAGAUAAACAAGCAGAACUUAAUCCUCAGAAAUCAGAUUCAACAGGCGUUUGUAGAGCGAGAUAUUUUAACGUUUGCAGAAAAUCCAUUUGUUGUCAGCAUGUACUGUUCUUUUGAGACAAGGCGCCACUUAUGCAUGGUCAUGGAGUAUGUUGAAGGUGGAGACUGUGCCACCUUGCUAAAGAACAUUGGCCCACUGCCGGUAGACAUGGCUCGAAUGUAUUUUGCGGAAACCGUUUUGGCACUGGAAUACCUUCAUAACUAUGGAAUUGUACACAGGGAUUUGAAACCUGACAACUUACUGGUAACAUCCAUGGGGCAUAUAAAGCUUACCGAUUUUGGACUUUCGAAAGUGGGCCUUAUGAGCAUGACUACCAACCUUUACGAGGGUCACAUUGAGAAGGAUGCUAGAGAAUUCCUCGACAAACAGGUCUGUGGCACCCCUGAAUACAUAGCUCCGGAGGUAAUCCUACGGCAGGGUUAUGGGAAGCCUGUUGAUUGGUGGGCGAUGGGAAUUAUCCUGUAUGAAUUUCUGGUUGGCUGUGUACCAUUUUUCGGUGAUACGCCAGAAGACCUUUUUGGCCAGGUUAUAAGUGAUGAAAUCAAUUGGCCAGAAAAAGAAGACGCUCCACCUUCUGAUGCUCAGGACCUGAUUACAUUACUGCUCAGACAAAACCCAUUGGAAAGAAUGGGAACAGGAGGUGCCUAUGAAGUUAAGCAACAUCCUUUCUUUUGUGCCUUGGACUGGAACAGUUUAUUAAGACAGAAAGCAGAGUUUAUACCCCAGUUGGAAUCAGAGGAUGAUACCAGCUAUUUUGACACCCGUUCUGAGAAGUACCAUCACAUGGAAACAGAAGAGGAGGAUGAUACCAACGAUGAAGAUUUUAGCAUGGAAAUCAGGCAGUUCUCGUCUAGUUCCCACAGGUUUUCAAAAGUAUUCAGUAGCAUUGAUCAGCUAAUGCAGAGCAAGGUAGAAGAAAAGGAUGAUAGCACAGACAAAUCGAAGGACCUCAGCCUACCACCAGUGGAAUCUUUAAGCUGGAGCUCAGAAUAUUCAGAAAUGCAGCAGCUGUCAAUAUCAACCUCAUCUGAAACAGAAAAUCCCAAGCAGUGCCACAAUGGCAGUUUGCUGCCAAAAUUUGCCAUUUCUUCUGACAUAGAGCGUGAUGAGUUGUGUUCCGAGGAGCCAAAAGAAACAGAAAAAUCGACCCAUGAACCUGAGGACUCUCCCCAAGAAGAUCUGGAUGCUACUACACCAGUCAGCAUUAGCAGCUCUACUGUCUCAGUGAGUAGUUUUUCAGAGCACUUAGAUCAGAUAAAUGGAAGAAGCGAGAGUGCGGACAGUACAGAUAAUUCCUCAAAGCCCGCCAAUGAAACGACUUCUCACAUGGCUCGUCAGCGCUUAGAAAACACAGAGAAACAGAAAAUGUCUGGAAAAGUCACUAAGUCAAUCUCUGCUAGUGCGCUCUCUCUCAUGAUCCCCGGAGAUGUGUAUAGUGUAUCUCCAUUAGGGAGCCCGAUAUCCCCACUGUCAAUAUCAUCGGAUCCAUCCUCCAGAGAUUCCUCACCCAGCCGCGAAUCUUCCAUCUCCUCCUCCAGUCCAAAGCAGCCAAUUAUUAUUCAGAGUUCUGGGAAGAAGUUUGGUUUUACUCUCCAGGCAAUUAGAGUGUUUGUUGGGGACAGUGAUAUCUACACAGUACACCACAUUGUAUGGAGCGUUGAGGAAGGCAGUGCCGCCUACCAGGCAGGUCUUAAGGCUGGCGACCUCAUUACUCAUAUAAACGGGGAGCCUGUUCAUGGGCUUGUUCACACAGAGGUCAUAGAGCUGCUGCUGAAGAGUGGCAGCAAAGUAGCCAUCACUACAACUGCCUUUGAGAACACCUCCAUCAAAACAGGCCCUGCAAGAAGGAACAGCUACAAGAGCAGGAUGGUGAGGCGCACAAAGAAGACCAAGAAGAAGGAGAAUAUAGAAAGGAGGAGAUCUUUUUUCAAAAAGUUGGCAAAGCAGCCGUCCCCACUUCUACACACAAGCAGAAGCUUCUCUUGUUUAAACCGAUCUCUGUCCUCUGGGGAAAGCUUACCUGCUUCACCUACUCACAGUCUGUCUCCACGGUCUCCAACUCCAAGCUGCCGCUCAACUCCGGACUUCCCAUCCGGUACUAAUUCGUCACAAAGUAGCUCUCCAAGUUCAAGUGCACCGAAUUCUCCAGCAGGGUCUGGACACAUAAGACCCAGCACCCUGCAUGGUUUGGGCCCAAAAUUGGGGGGUCAAAGAUAUAGGUCUGGUAGACGCAAAUCUGCUGGCAGCAUACCUCUUUCCCCAUUGGCAAGAACACCAUCACCGACCCCCCAGCCACCAUCUCCCCAGAGGUCUCCUUCACCUCUACAUGGUCAUUCAGUCGGAAACUCAAAAGCAACUCCCAACUUCCCUGCAAAAAUGCACUCUCCUCCAACCAUUGUAAGGCACGUUGUUAGGCCAAAAAGCGCAGAACCACCAAGGUCUCCACUACUUAAGCGAGUCCAGUCAGAAGAAAAACUUUCACCGUCAUACUGCUGCGAAAAAAAGCACUUAUGUUCUCGCAAGCACAAUUUGGAGGUCACUAAAGAAGAAAUCCAUAAGCAGCCACUACAAAGGGAUUUAGCACUUCAAAGCCUAGAAGAAAAUGUAUGUGAUGUCCCGGCAUGUACCAGAGUUAAACCUGUGGAGCAGGGAUGCCUAAAACGUCCUGUAUCAAGGAAGGUAGGUAGGCAAGAGUCAUUAGAUGAGCUGGACAAGGAGAAACUAAAAGCCAAAAUAGUUAUGAAGAAAAAAGAUUUGCCAGAAAGGCAAGAUUCUCUUUUAAAACAAAGUCUAAUGCAUGAUUUACACAAUGAAUUGGGCAAUCCGGUUACAGUAGCAGAACAAGAGAAGGAAGACAAAUCAUACCAGAAUCUUAUUAAAAGGACUAAUCUGUCAGAGCAUAGACUCACGACCUAUGAGAGCCGUUCUGGUGGGAUCAUGUUUAAAGAUACUCUUAGCAAGAGCGUCAUUUCUCGAUCAAAUGGUGGAUGCAUGGAUGGUCAGUUACACGGUCACGGUCCUCAGGCAGCAGAAAAUAUUCACAUAUCAUGUGAGAUCAAGAAAGCCCCAAGUUCAUGUGAUAGGGUAAUACUUUCUAGGGAUGACAAUGUAGAUAAAGCAUCUUCAGCUUGUACAGCUAACAGUGAACUUAUAAGAAAGAAGAAGUCUUUAGAAGAAAAAGAAAGCACUUUUUGUUUGGUUUUAAAGUCAAAAGCCCAUGAAAAUAUUCAAGCAAAACCUUCAUUUUUACCCACAGAAAGUAUUGCUCCCUUGGAUAACAGAACGUGUUUGCCAAAUGUUCAGAGCGGCACGGUUUCAUUUGCACCACUUAAAGCCAGUAACAGUAGGUGUGAAAAUAAUAACGAUAAGUCAGGAGUUAUACACACGGAGCUGCCAGUGCGAAAAAGCCCUUCAGAGUUUAAACUGGAAGCACGAUCUGUUUCUUCAUUAAAACCAAUUGAGGGGACCUUAGAUAUAGCUCUACUGUCAGGUCCGAAAGUUCCAAAAACAGAAUAUACUGAUAUCUUGCUAGAAAAGAAGAAUCAGAGUGUUGCAAAAGCAGAGAAAAUAAGCCCAAACUCAAAGAACGAUGUUGCAUUCAAGUCAGAUAAUCAAAAUACAUUACUGUUUUCCAGUACAAGCUCAAGUAGUGUAAGUUUACAGACUGCACCUAAGAGACCCAUUAAAGAGAAUCCCAAUGAAUGUCUGCAAUCUAAUUUAGCUGCUGCUGCUGAGAUUUGUUCAAAUAGAGAAGUGUCAGGAUCAAGAGAAAAAAAUGGACUUCAAAAUCAAACAGCAGACACAGCUCAGUCAGGACUGAAGACAUCAUCCGAGGGACUGACUGCUUCUGCCAAAGGGAAUGGCCAAGAGGUAAAGAGCUUGCUUGCAUCUACUGGUAAGUGCUUGCUGGAACAGAAACAAAACAAAAUAUGCAGGGAAAUGAGCGAUCCUUCUCGUGCGUCCUCUGCAGUAAAAGUUGAGGCCAUUCUAGCAAAAUCUGGUAGCACUGAAAAGACUGAUCAUGCACUACAUGGCACUGGAGGCAAAAGUCGUCCGGCACCAGUAACUAAAUUAUGUACUAAUGACUGUGUAGGCGUACCUAAGCCACUCCCUGUUAUUAAUGCUAAUGCUCCUGUUCUUCUGGACACCAAAGUGGACAUCAAAGUAAAGGUUGCCAUUCAACAAGAAUCUUCUUCUGUGAACUCAAGCAGUAAAACCCAAGAAAUCACAUCCAUACUAAAAGCUUCACCAGAGAAAAACAACAGAGAAUUUUCACCCAGUAAAAAAGAGACCAUCAGUUUAAAGGCACAAUAUAUGGCUGGAAGUAUCUGUUCUGGUUCAGAACCUGAAGCCAGUAAUAAAAGCAGCUUGCCCUGUCGAAAAGAAUUGAAGUCAUCGUGUGAGCAGAAGUCAUCGUGUGAGCAGAAGUCAUCGUGUGAGCAGAAGUCAUCGUGUGAGCAGAAGUCAUCGUGUGAGCAGAAGUCAUCGUGUGAGCAGCUCAAUGACUCUGUUAGUAAAUCAAACAUCUCUAGCUCCAGUACAACUAAGGCUACCAAUUCUGGCAAACCAGGAGUGUUAGAACCACAAAGUGCUGGUGCAUCAAAAAAAGAGAUGGCUAGUCAGAGAACAGAUGUUUUACUGAAAGUUGAUAAAGGUGCCAAUACCCUUUCAUCUCCUCUUUCCCAAAAUAAACAUAUUGUGGUGACAGAAAAGACCACAAACUCUAUUCCUCCUUCUACUGUAAAUAUAAGGAAUACUACUCCAGCUGCAAUGAGGGAAAUUCAUUCAAGUGGCCAUCAGGCAGCCAGCUCCACAUGCUCUAGCCCACUAAAUCCAAAGGAGUGUUCAGCUAAAUCUCACUUGAAAGAGAAAACAAGCCUACAGCCCAAACUCACCAGAACUGCCUCCAUCAAAAGUGGCAUUCAAAGCAAACAUUCAGCUGAAGGCUUAGGACUCGGGGCGGCCUUUCCUGAAAAGCCGCAAGAUUGUAAAUGCACUGAAGCACUUUAUGUCCAAAGUGACAAAAGGGAAAGUAAGUUUAUGCCUACUGUUACAACUAGGGAAACUCGAAAAGUAACUACAGAAAAGCCAAAAUCUGUAAACUCUCCAAAUGUAACGGGAAAAGGAGCACAAAGUAAGAUGGAUUUGAUUGAUGCACAUAAUGGUGUUUCUGCAUUGUCUGCCACUGUUUCUUCUCCUCGUACGGAUGUCUCUUUGACUAAACCUCGUCUGUCUGAAUGUCCUUUUAAUGUAGGUGUGGAGAGGAAUGAGAAUGCUUCAAAUAUUGUUCCUUCAAAGGCCAAGAAGGAUGUUCAGUUGUCCCCUAACAAAGCUGGGGCAAAGGCAGAAAGCAUAUCCAGUAAGUCUUCUGCUGAAAAACAGUUCAGCCUUGCUUCAAACUGUGUGCUUACAGCAGCCAUUAGUAGGGACCAGUCUCCCAAUAAGAAGAAUGUAGCUAAGGACGUACAGAAGGCAGCAGCAGUCUCCCUGGGUAACCCAUGUGCACUCACCUCUGAAAAAGACUUGAAAGGGCAGAAGCAAGGCAAGGAGGGGUUACAAACCAGCGCUCAUGAAAAGACAUUCGACUUUGCUAAAACUCUACAAAACAAGACCUCGUUACUGUAGUAGCUGCUAAUUUCAGACUGUUUUCCAAAACCAGCACUGUGUAGUGUUACCAUUCAUUCAGGCAUUUGUGUCAUUGUGUCAGUUUUUUAAAAGUGUCAUUUGGAGUAAAGGGGUUGAAUUUUUCAUGUUUUUUUUUUGUUUUACCCCCCAGCUGUAUGAGGUGCUAUGUGGUGUUGUCAUUUUGAAAGACCUCGGCAGCUGUGGGAUUGGGGUAAGGGCUAUGUGGGGGAAAAAAGGUCUGUAAAUUUGCAAUAUUGUAAUUUGUGUGGAAUGUAGAAUGUACAGUUUGCUGCUGAAUUUCACUGUUUACUUGUUUUGUAUGGAAAAAAGAGAUCGACUCAUAAGACUGCAAAAAUAUAAAAUUAACUAAAAAAAAAAAAAGAAAAAAAAUGAUAAUUUUGUACCAUUGGUCAGAAAAAAUAUUUUGAUUUGUUUUUUUUUUUUCUUUGCAGAAAUUAAAAUCCACAGAUAAUUGACUUAACUGUCAGUUUAAUUCUCUGUUAGAAUCUGAGCUGGUACAGAAAUCUCUACCAAUAUGGACAGGCUUUCUGUAUAAAGGCUUUUCUACCACAUUGUGAUAAGUACAGGGCAAUAUGCCGAGGCUUUGAGCAAACAAAGGGAGGAGUUCCAUCUAAUGCUUUGCCAGGCAUUUCCUAUUAUUGGCCACUCCCAAUGAUGUUAGGCCAGGCCCAUUAGGUUUCUAGGCCAUGGCCCGACCUGGCUUCUCAUAAGACCAUUAAAACACUACAACAGGAUGAACGGGGUUAAGCGGGGGGUCUAUGCAGCCUGCCAGAGCUGUCCCUAUGUGGUUGCAAAUAGGGGACCCGCAAGUAAAGAGAGGUCCCUGCACUGAUGGCAGCAGUUUUAUUUAAACUGUAUAUCUUAGUGUAGGCAGGCACAGUAUUCCGAUUAUACUUAUGGUUACAUGGUACAUUUCCAUGCUGCAUAAUCUGCCCCUUUAGCCCUGCACACUGUUUGUAUGUUCCAAAUCACCUUUUACGGCAUCGAGUGAAUGGGCUCCUCUGAUGUGCAGGCCCCACACACCUGGUAGUUUGCCCCUAAGAACCUCAACCACUUAGGACUGUCCUAAAGCUGGCUUAGAGCAGACUGAACCCAAGCUGAAUUAAUAUUACCCUUAUUAAAGCCAGAGAAAAAAAUAAUAAUUAUUAAUAAUUCCAUUAAAGAGAUACAAAGGAAAAACUACAAAGGUAUUUCUGACCAUUCCAAGUUUAAAUGUUGUUGUCAUUUUAUCACCCAAGAGAAAUGUUGAUUAUCCUAACAUAUUAUCCUCUCCGUGGAAUAGUAGUAAAUAACCAGUAUAGAAAGCGGCAUUAUUAUAAUCAUUUGUGUUUGAGUACAUUUCCAUGCUCUGCAAGCAGAAGCCUCGAGUUCCCCCAGUACUGAGAUGCUUUGGGGCCUCUAUUCAUGGUGAACUCUGUUGAUUGUUGAGUGGAGGAUGAAGGGUUCCCCUUUAACAAUAAGGCCAAUAACAGGUUGAGGUCGAUCUCCACCCCCUUUUGUAGAGCUGUUUAACCAACCAGGCCAAGCGUGAACAACUUUGUUCCCUUUUUACUUUUAAUUCAACAACCUGGUCAGGUGGGAUUUUGAUGGAGAACCUGAUGCAAAAGAAAGAAACGUCUGUCAUUAAUGAAUGUAAGGCAUUUAUUUUUCCCUGCCCAUUUUAGCCUUUGAAAGGUGAAUAGUUACUGUACAAGCUAAAUCAUGCCAUAGAUUUUCUGUUAAAGGCAUCUGUAGAUGUUUCAUAGCGAGGCCUUACUCUUUCAAUAGCUUUUGCUGUUCUUAUUAAUAAGCUAUGCUGAUUUUUGCAUUCUUUUGUAAGCGUGUUCAAUAGCUCCAUACAUUUCAGAACAUGUCUCUUUUCUUUUGUAAUAUAAAUAUGUGAAUACUGUAAAAUAUAUAUUUUGUGUAAAGAAGGGGGGGCCAUGUUGGAGCUAUAUGGUGCUUGGAAUUUGACUUUACUUUUUACAUUGUGCAGAGCCUUAUUUACACAUAAGAGAUUGUAUGCUACUGACAUCUGUUUGAUCGCAUUUCACUGCAGAAUUAAGUAGGUAAAUAUGAACUUGAUCAGGCACAAAGGAAAUCAGCUUCACCUAGGGUCGGGGAUGUGAAAGCCAAGUCAUCUAGCUGUUUCUGAACUAAGGGCUAUGGUACAUCAUCGCCACCGGCUUUCUCUAAUGCCAGCUGCACUGUCCUGUUGGGCUGCACUGUCCUGUUGGGCUGCACUGUCCUGUUGGGCUGCACUGUCCUGUUGGGCUGCACUGUCCUGUUGGGCUGCACUGUCCUGUUGGGCGGCACUGUCCUGUUGGGCUGCACUGUCCUGUUGGGCAGCAGUUGCCACGGGAGGAACCCAUGUGAGCAAGUCUUGUGGCAACACUUUUUGGCACACAUCAUGUGCCGUAGCCCUUGAACAUCUAGGCAGUUGUUCGACAACUGCAAAAGACUGUGAAAGCCGAGUUCUCUAGCUGUUUUUAAACCAAUGGCCAGGGCACAUGAUCAUUGCUACCAAUUCACUUUCUAAUUCCUGCUUAAUUGCCCUAUUGGACAACAAUAAUCUCCUGAGGAUCCCUUGCAGAACAUCUUGAGACAACACUUGGCUUUUUAAAACAUACCAUGUGCCACGGCCCUUAAACUUCUCUCAUUGAUAAAAGUUGUUGUUGUUCAGCAACAUCUACAAAUUGUAAAGUCCUUUAGCUGUUUCUAAACUAAGCAAGUGAUCACUGCUACCGUUUCACUUGCAACAUUAGUCUCUUGAGAAACCCUUGCAGCACGACCUGUGACAAUACCUGGCUUUUUAAACCUAACAUGUGCCAUAGCCCUUGGGCAUCAAUGAAGGUAACAGCUAUAGAUUGGUAAAAUAAUUAUCCCUGAACCACGGACACGCUGAUCCCUUUGUUACUGCUACAGGAUAUUGUUUUAUAUCACUUUUACACUCAAACAGAUAAACACUGUGCACCUUAUAGUAUAACUUUGCAAACCUCAAUUCAGCCGGCAGUGAGCAAUUGGUACAGACUGUAGAAACUGACCUGUCUGCAUUAUGUAGCUUAUGUAGUGCAUUCCAGUUGGUGCACCUCUCAAUAACUCUCUCACUUCAUUCAUUUGCUGGGUUUGUGGUCGAUGUCUGUUUUAACAAAUACUAAUGCACCUGGUUGUAAUGAAUCCAGAAGCUAUUCGUCUUCAGCCAUCUUGUUUAGAACCGUUGGUCACUGAAAUGCAAUUUGAUUUUAUACAUUACAAUAGGAACCUGCCACCUGUGGCUUGCUGAUACUAUAUAAUCAAAAGUGUUUGUGUGUGAUAUCUAGAUAUAUAUAUAUUAUCUAUAAAUUUAGAACUUGAAAGAUAUUGACACUACUAAAAUAAUGGCAGCAUUGAAUAAGAUUAAAUACAAAAUGAAAUCCGUCUCACAAGAGCCCUGCCACUUGCCUGCAGCCUGCCUUUUCUCUGUUCUUUAGAGCAGUUUUGUCCUGCCCACUUACCUGGGACAGAGCGGAUUUUCCCCUACAGGCAGGGCACAAGAGCAAACAAUGUCUUGGCACUCUGCAGAUCACAGGGAAGGCAAUGUGCAGAUGCACAGAUAAGGGGGGCACAUUGAUGUUAGAAAUAUAUUGCUACUCUUAGAAGUGUCAGUAUUAUAUUAAUAUUACAUAUGCUUUUGAACAAGUGCUGUGUAUGGCACUGCUAAAACUCUCUCAUAUUAGCACCUAGGCCAUCAGGUCCAGACUGGGAGUCAAAAUAGCCCCUGGCAUUUCAAGCACACAGAGGCCCAAACAGCCCUCAACUGGCCCAAUAAAUAGUGACUGUCUGUGGCAUCUUACAGCAGCCCCUCUGGCAUUUGCCAGGAUUUACAGAAUGCCAGUCCGGCUUGCAGGCCAUAAUCAUAUGGGGAAGUGUGGCUACCUGUUUAGCAGUGAAAAAUAUCCAUAUAUAUAUGUAUUUCAGUGACGUCAAACAUAUAUUUUACUAAUCUCUCUGCCUCCUAAGUGAUCUCCAUUUAAUGAACUAUGGAGCCAUUGAAUAGUGUGUAUAUUUGUAAUGGCAUGCAGGCCUCGGAUUGGCUGAGGAAUGAGAUGUAGGCAUCCUGCUCACCUCCUAAUUUGGAAAACUGGGCAGGCAGAUUUAACCCAGACAGUCCUUCCAAAAAUGGGGUUUCCUUGGGUCAAAACCCUACACGUGACUCACUACUUUGGAGAUGUCUCACUAAGGGUCCUAACCGGCUCCAACAUCUGUACUAUAACUAUCUCCCCCAACGAACACAUCAGAAAAUGUACUUUCUGGUCCAAAGUGUAAACUUAUGAGACAUAAGAACAGAGUUCCAUCCUUGGGCUGCUGCCUUGUGUCUUUAUAGGGUCAGGGGAACUUUUUGGUGUCUUAAUAAAAUGAAGGUCUAACCCUUCUUCUCCCUGAGGUUGCCGAAGUAAAACUCCCAGGAAAAGCCUAUGGGAUGGUGGGAGCUUCUAGUGGCUGAACAUGGCUGAGGGGCCAUAGGUUACCCAUUAUAUACAGUAUAGUAUCUGUCAGUGUAUAAGAGAGAGUUGCAUUUUAGUGCUAGUAUUCUGUGCAUUGUCACUGUUACAUUCAAGUCCUACAGUUCUUUGUGUGUUCAUGUACUGCUUGUCUGUAAGUGUUUACUACUAUUAUGUAGAGAAGACCAAUUGCCUUUGUGUAACGAUUAGUCUCAUUUUUCUUACCAGUUAGAAAGCCGUGCUUUUUUUUUGUAGUUCUUUCUGCUGUAGAAAUCCCCCCAGCAAAGUAUACGUGCAAUAAAGUGUUUGGUGUCUUUCUAUAUAACAAAGCACACAAAAAAAACCUUAAAAAAAACCUUUCUGAAUGUUGUGUUUGUUGUAUAGCGGGCAAGUAUUUAUACUGCUACAAUGCAUAACAUGAAAUAAAUUCAGCAUGGAUGUUGUGCCA